AUGGCGGAGGCGGAGGCCGAGGCUCACCCCCGCGCGGGUCCCGCUCCGUCUCCAGCCGCCGCCUCAGCAGCCGCCAUUUUGGUCCGGCGGCAGUCCCCGACCCAACCCGUCCCGGACGCCUCACGCACGCGCGCCACCCGCCAAUGGAAGGCGGCCUAUCCGCGUGGGCAUUGGCGGCCACGCGAAGCGGGCUUCCAGCCGGCGAGUCCCCGGGACGGUCUUCUCGUCGGCGGGGCUGCCCGCAGCAGCAGCAGCAGCAGCAGAGGCGCUCGGGCGACCCUGAAGACCUGGCUGGCCCCGGGCCGGGCAACGAAGGGUCGGGGCGGGAGGCCGCUCGGAGCCCCCAGUGGCAGAGAUGCACCGCCCCGCCCCCGCCGGGGAAGGAGCCGGGCGCGGCGCGGCCGGACUGGGCGGCACUGGCAGCUCGCGGGGUAUUUAAGACGCCGGGCGGGAGGAGGGAGCAGCGCAGACGGGCGGCUCGCUGAAGGUGGGAGCCAGAGGGCGCAGCCGGGGACGAGAAGCCGAGGCCAGCAGCGCCCGCCGCCGGACACCACGCCGAGCUCCGCCGCAGCAGCAACCGCCGCCGCCGCCGCCGCAGCCAGCGCUCUGGUGGCCCGCAAGGAGGGAAUGCAGCGCCCAGCAGCAGCAGCAGCAGCAGCGCCGCCCCCCGGCGGGGCUUCGCGCCCGAAACCCCGUUCAGCCGCCGCCGCCGCCGCCUCCUGCCCCGCCCUGAAGAAGCGCCCGCUGCCGGUUGCGCCGCCGAGUUGCAUCAGCCGCCGCCGCCGCCGCCUCCAGCUGCUCCUGCUGCUGCUGCUGCUGCUCCACCUGCCGCCGGCUUCCCCGCAGCCGAUCUCCUCGUCGGCUCAGUCCCGGCGCAGCCCGCGGCUCUUGCCUGCGGCCAGGAAGCCCUCGGCCAGACACCACCCUGCAGCCUGGUUUCCGAAGAGGCUGAAGAUGGAAAUGCUUCCCGAUGACUCUGGCCCAAUUGGGCGCUGGUUCCGCCUCCACCGGCUCCCCACACGUGGACUGGACCACCAGCAGCCCAGCAGCGGCGCAUCAGGCCUCGCGUCAUGGGCGGUAGUCCCACGUCAAAAGCGCCAUGCAGCUGCUGCACGCUUCCACCCGGUGCAAUUGAUGCGCGUUGGCUGUGCCUUGGGCACCUGCCAAGUGCAGAAUCUCAGCCAUCGGCUUUGGCAACUGAAGGGCCAGUCAGGCCGCCAAGACUCCUCUCCCAUGAACCCCAGUAGCCCUCACAGCUACGGGUGAAGGGAGGCCAGGACUGGAGAGUGUCUACUGCUUGACCACUGCCCCCCUCCCACCAGCAAUGACUGUCCUCCCUGACCCCACCCCACCCCACCCCAAGCACUUAAUGUGGGGCGCUCCUGCCCCUGGGCUUGUAGUGCCCCAGCCCACUCCAACUAGUCUGUCUUCCAGUUGUGCAAAGGGGGCCUUGCAUUGAAGAGAGCUCCCCAUGCUGGAGGGGCUGUGAAAUGAGCAUAGCCAUAUCCCCAGACACAGCAGAAGCAGCAUCUGAGAAGUGGAGUUGGUGGGUAGGCGGCAGCCAUGCAGCAGCAGCUGCUGCCCAAGAUGGCCAGCCAGGAGCAAUGCAUUGUGGGUGGUGGUGAGGUGGGCCUGCAUGGUCUGGAGUGAGUGAGGCAGGGUAGUCCACAAUGCACCAAAUAAAACCCCAAGCUUUGGCAUAAGGAACUGCUUACCUGCACUCAUUGGGGUGACGAAUGCAUACAAAGGCAGUGGUGGUACUACUUCUUCAUAAACCUGUUCAGUGGCCCUUUUGGAACCGACUUGGGGUUUUGGCCAGAGUGAGCUUGGCUUCCAGCACCCCGCAAUGUACCCAUGCAAGGCAUGACCCUCGAUCCCGGGCUGCCUCAUGAGGCCAGAAGCGGGGGGGGGGGCUGCUCUAUGGGCCCGACUGGCACACUCGCACUGCUAGUGCCACCCUCCCUUGCCCUAACAAUAUCAUCACCAUCAUCAUCAACAACAACAACUUAUAUGACCAUUCCAUAACAAAUUGUUAUACAAUAAAAAGCACAUUAGAAACAAAACAAAAAAUACCAGCAAAUAUGACACAAAAGAUAAAAGCAUUGACAAGCCUAUGAAAGGCAUGCGUGGAUGAAAAGGUCUUCACCGGGAGUAAAAAGGAGCACAGUGAUGGUGCCAGACAAGAAUCUCUGGGGAGGCUAUUCCAUAAAUGGGGGCCACCACCGAAAAGACCCUCCCCUGCAUGUGAGGUGGCCGAGCAUAACCUGUGGCCAGGUGGCCUCCAUCCAAGUAAGGUUGCAGCUGGUGUGUCUGCCACAGAGGCUGAGGCUGCUUGAGCCUCUUGUGAUAGUGCUGGGCCAAGCAGCACCCCCCGGUUCCAUGUCCCUGGUUCUUGGCUUCCUUCCUGGCCAUGUCCAGUGCCCUCCCCCCAGCAGUGGGUACAUUUCUGGGAUGAUGGACACGGGCAAUAAAGGUCCCC